CCCGGCUGACGCCUCAUGCGCCCCCCGGGCCGAUCGCCCCCUCCGAACCGCUUUCUUGUGGGGGGAGCCGGCUGCCCCGCCAUGGGCCGCUCCUCCCCUGCUGCUGCUGCUGCGGCACCUCCGGGGUGGCCCGGCUCCCGCGGAGCCGCUGCUGCUGUGCGGACAGCGCUCUCCCCGCUGAGCGGGGCGCUGCUCUUAACCCCCCCCCAGACACCCCCCCAUAGAGCGUCUCUGUCGGGGUUGCUCCUAGGCCUCGGCCCCGGCCCCGGCCCCGCUGCGGGGCUGCGCCUGCAUCAUCGCUCCUGUGGCUGCGCCGCGCCUGGUGAGGAGCGACUUGCGCUGGUGUCCGGCCCUGAUCAUAUAUUUGAAAAAGUAAACCCUGAAAUGGAAAAGUUGGGCUUUGAAUGCAAGUGCCUUGGAGGAGGAAAAAUUGACCAUAAUAGCAAAGACAAGAAAAUGCGGGUAUUUGGUCUUUCCACAGGAUAUGGUAAAGCAGAUCAUGCAGUGACCGUAGAAAUACUGAAAAAAGUAUACCAAGACUAUAAAAUCACUUGGUCAGAUGACAAGAAAUGAAAAACUACUCUGGAAUCUGAAAUACAAAGCAAGUUUGCACUCUAGCUGUUGAUACAGAAUUGAAGUCUACGUUGUGUUCAAAUAAAUCACUGUUAGCUUUAUCUGAAUAAAAAGAUUUGUGUGUUCUCCA